AUGGCGGAGGCCAAAAUCAUUGACAGGGGAAGAUUGAAGUUUGUAGCAAAUUAUGAUCAUAUUGAUGGGUGCUUACCUCUGGAGCUAACACUCGAGAUCUUGGUUCGACUACCGACAAAAUCAUUGGUAAGAUUCAAAUUAGUAUCCAAAUCAUGGUAUUCGGUAAUCUCAAACCCUAACUUCAUCAAGUUCCAUACACUAAACUCAAACAAGCCGUUCUUAACCUUGCUCUAUGAUUCAAGUUAUAGGUUGCGUAAGUGUUUAUCUCUUGGUAAAAGGGACGACAACGUAAACUUAAAUUCGACUGUGUUAGAAGUAAACCCUUCCAGCUUCCUCCACACUCAAGAAAAUUUGGGCGGCCUAAUUGGAUCAUGUCAUGGCCUUAUAUGCACGUACUCUGAUGACAAAAAACUUAUCUACCUUUGUAACCCCGCCACCAAAGAAACCAAGGAAAUAUCAUUCCCAUACCCUAAAACUCAAUCCUAUUACUACAGCCGAAUUAUGUCAUGGUUUGGCUUCGUUCCUUCUAUCAAUGACUACAAGAUAUUGUUAGUAUUUGGAAUAAUAAGCUUAAGAAUUCAUGUAUACUCAAUGAGGGAUAAUAAAUGGAGAAAGGUAGAUAGUAAUGCUUUUGAGUCCCUUGUUACUCCUGGAGGAUGCAUAAGAUGGGGAUCGAAUGCAGCUCUAAUCAAUGAGAAAUUGCAUUUUUAUUGUUUCGACACUAAUCUUAAAAACAAGGUUAUGGCUAAAUUUGAUCUAGUCCAAGAAAUUUUCGAAAUUCAUCCGAGGGGGCGUGUGGUGGAGGCUUGGAAGUUAGAGAAAUAUGGUAAGUGGGAUUCUUGGAACAAAUUGUUUAGCGUGGAGUUAUCUGGUUUUCUAAUGGGAUUCACAUCUUUUGGGGGACUAAUUUUGAAAAGAAUAACGUAUGAUAUCGAUGAUCAUGAGCUUGUGUUUGUCGACGUGACUCAAAAUGCACCUAGUCAAAUACAACUCGGAAGAACAGAGGGUGUUUGUUACAUGCUGGAUUACGUGGAAACUCUUGUUUCUCCUUUUUCUUUACCUUAG